AUGACCAAAGCCUCUACGAGCAAGUACUUUACUAGCGCAGUGAGAAGGAGAACCCGAUCCACGGUGAAAAAGGAAGGAGAUUUAGACAUACCGAAAGACGAUGGAUUCGAGACAUUUCAGAAAGAUGUGGAGAAAUUGCAUAAGAAUCCGAGACGGAAACGACAACAAAUAGAAGUGAAAAUCGAUCCUGAAGACCUUGCAAUAUCGAAAGGGAAGAGGCCAAAGAAGAGUACGACCAAGAAAAGCAAAAAUAAAGCAGUGACUAAGAACGAUCACAUCCCAAGUGAACCUCCAGCCAACUUUUGGCCUAUGUAUAACGAGAUUAAGAAGAUGAGGGAGAAGAUUAUUGCACCGGUAGAUAAAAUGGGAUGUGCCAGUAUUAGUACCGCAAUAUCUGGGUUGAAAGAAGGUACUGUGUGGAGAUUUCAGGUUUUAGUCACUUUAAUGCUCUCUUCACAGACCAAAGAUGAGGUGAACUACGAAGUGAUGAAUGGUAUGGAGGAGUAUUUUAUGAAGAAAGGCUACAAAGAUGGACUCUGCCUUCAAGCAAUACUGGAUAUAGACCAGGCCAAGCUUGAUCAACUUAUUUAUAAAGUCGGCUUCCACCAUAGAAAGGCAGACUACAUUAAGAGAACGGCACAGAUUGUUAAAGACAAAUUCAGUGGAGACGUUCCGAAGAAAAUCGAGGAGAUUACCUCAUUUCCUGGAGUUGGACCCAAGAUGGGCUACCUAUUAAUGCAAAUAGCGUGGGGAAUAUAUACUGGUAUCGGUAUAGAUACUCAUAUGGCACGCAUGGCAGGGUGGUUUCAUUGGGUGCCACAAAUAGGUUCAGGUAAACCAAGUCCCGAAUACGUUCGCAAAUGCUUUGAAAAGAUGCUUACCAAUCAUAAGGAAGAGUGGAGGGUUAUCAAUCCUACCCUUGUAGGAUUCGGACAGAUGGUUUGCACUCCAACGUCACCCCGUUGCGACUUAUGCACCAUUGCAAAGACAGGUCUAUGCCCGGCUGUCGAUAAGAGACUCCUACAGAGAGUGAAAGUUAACAAACUGAAUGGUAUCAGAUCGCCUCUAAAGAAAAGCCGUGGCGAUCUCUCGAAACUAAUGCAGAACUAA